UGUGACGGCCUGUAAUUUACGAUUUUAUUCCACGCAAACUAAGCAUCAUAUUAUUCUGCAACAAACAACAAGAAAGGGGAAAAUAAUGUAAACGGAAUGUAGUUUCUGCUGAAAAGAAGUCAUAGAAAAUCUAGGGCAAAAAUCCAACUUUUCUUUGUGGAUUAAUAUAAAGCACAAUUUGAUCUGUUCGUUUAUCGAGGGGUACAUGUAUCAAAAAGUUUUUUUUUUUUUUUCUUGAUUGGGGUGUAUAAUGCUGGACUUGGUGUCCCCCCCAAAAAAAAAAAAAAAAAAGUGCAUUAUAUGAAUCGCCACAUUGAAAUAAAAACCAUACAGAAAAAAAUUACAAUAUACAUUUUUUGAUGUCGGUAAAGAUGUUAUCUCAUGCAGAUUGGCAGAUAUGUUUGUAAGCAUGUCAUAUGACAUGAUCAAUGUAUGGUUCGUAUUUCUUUGCUGCCCCAAACCCUAGCCACUGACUUUAACAUUUAUGGAGCAAAUAUGAAUACUAUUUGCUCUAAAAUAGUAGUAAUAAUUAUAGUUUUACUGAAUUAAUACAUUCUAUUUCUUUUCAGAUAUGAAGUUUUCCAAUGUGGUGACAUAAAAAAACGGGCAAAUUCAGAUGAGCCACCCCUGUAUCAUGUGACUAGUGAGGAGACUUUCGACGUCAUCAAACGUGCUCAUAUUGCAACAGGACACGGUGGGCUUGACCGCAUGAUUAAGGAGUUACAACGAAAAUACGCCAACAUCACAACAAAGGCUUUGGAGCCCUUUAAAUCACUGGGUGAGGAAUGUCAGACGAAAAGGAAAAGGCCAAUGACCAAGGGUGUUGUGGUGCGUCCUAUCUUCAGCAAGUAAUUUGCAUCUAGGGCCCAGGUUGAUUUGAUUGACAUGCAUGCCACACUCCAACUUUAAAUAGAUCAUGGGGUACUGAGACCAUCUCACCAAAUUCUGCAUUCUUCGUCCUCUUCAAACUUUCUGUUGACGUCAUUGUUUAAACUCCUCAGAUACUUCAAGAUCACCAAGAGCAAAUUCAGAAACGUAGAGUGGUAGCAUACAGAGGGCAGGUAUCCCAAGCUGAGAGAAUGAUCAAACGUAGUCACUUAGAUUUUAAAGUUGGUGAGCUUGGUGACAAUGUUGCUGUCCCAAUUCAAGCUGUGGAUCGUGGUAGAGGAGAUCCGGGGAACGUCCUGGGUGUUUUUGUCAGCAGAGAUUUGGACAAUGACCAGUAUAAGAUCGCUGUGAAGUCGCGUGUUCUAAAUAGUCAGUAUUCUAGAAAUCAGUUUGACCUUUGCCCCCAGCGUUUGCUGACAGAAGACGAUGUAAAUCAGGAUACUGCAGUGUCACUUCGAGAAGCUGUUAUUCCACAAUCUGCAUGU